AUGGCGCGCCCCUCCGUCCCCCGCACCGGUGAACACGCCGCGGCGCCCACCGGCGGCGACACCAUUCUCGCGGUCCACGAUGACGACGGCACAGUCCACUGCGACUCGUUGGACGCCACCGCGACGCGGGAGGUCCGGUACCGGGGGUGGAAGGCGAUGCCGUUCGUGAUCGGGAACGAGACGUUCGAGAAGCUGGGCAGCAUCGGCACCGCGGCGAACCUGAUGGUGUACCUCACCUCCGUCUUCUACAUGACCAACGUCCGCGCCGCCGUGGCGCUCAACGUGUUCGGCGGCACCACCAACCUCGCCACCGUCUUCGGCGCCUUCGCCUCCGACCUCUGCCUCGGCCGCUACGCCACGGUUGGCUUCGGCUGCGUCGCGACAGUCAUCGGCAUGAUCAUCCUGACGCUGACGGCCGGCGUGCCGGCGCUGCACCCGCCUCCGUGCAGCGCCGGCGCGGGCGGGCAGCAGUGCGCGGGCGCGACGGAGGGACAGUUCGCGGUGCUGGCGCUGUCGUUCUUGUUCAUCGUGGUGGGCGCGGGCGGCAUCCGGCCGUGCAGCCUGCCGUUCGGCGCCGACCAGUUCGACCCGCGCACGGAGUCCGGCCGCCGCGGGAUCAACAGCUUCUUCAACUGGUACUACUUCACCCUGACCAUCGCCGUCGUGGGCUCGUCGACGGGGAUCAUCUACGUGCAGAGCAACGUGAGCUGGUGCAUCGGGUUCGCCAUCCCCGCCGCGCUCAUGUUCGCCUCCUGCGUGCUCUUCUUCGCCGGCGCGGGGCUCUACGUCCGCGUGCGCCCCGAGGGGAUCCCCUUGGCCAGCGUCUUCCGCGUCGCCGUCGCGGCGGUCCGUAAGCGGCGCGCCCCGGCGCCCGAGGACCCCGCGGCGUCCCUCUUCAGGACGCGCCACGCGAGCUCGCUCGUGUCGAGGCUCCCCUACACCGACCAGUUCAGGUUCCUCGACAAGGCCGCCGUGGUGGUGGAGUACGACAGCGAGGUCGACGACGCCAGCGGCGGCCGCCCCAGGGACCCGUGGCUGCUGUGCAGCCUGCAGCAGGUGGAGGAGGCCAAGUGCGUCCUCCGCAUCAUGCCGGUGUGGGCCACCUGCAUCGUCUACUAUGUGGCGUUCGCGCAGACCAACACCUACGUCGUCCUGCAGGCGGCGCAGGCCGACCGCCGCCUCGGCCCCGGCGGCGGCUUCGAGGUGCCGCCGGCGUCGUUCACCAUCUUCCCCAUGCUGGCGCUCGCCGUGUGGAUCCCGCUCUACGACCGCCUCGUGGUGCCGUGGCUGCGCAGGCUCACCGGCGUCGAGGGCGGCGUCACGCUGCUCCAGCGCAUGGGCGUGGGCAUGGUGCUCUCCGUCGUGGCCAUGCUCAUCGCCGGCGUCGUGGAGCAGCGCCGGCGCGAGCUCGCCGUGCUCCACCAGGCGGAGGCGAACCGCGAGCUGCUUUCCGUCACCCUCGUCUCGCCGGCGUCGGCGUUCUGGCUGGUGCCGCAGCUGGCGGCGCUGGGCCUCUCGGAGGCGUUCAACCAGGUGAGCCAGAUGGAGUUCUACUACAAGCAGUUCCCGGAGAACAUGCGCAGCGUCGCCGGGUCGCUCCUCUUCACCGGCCUGGCGCUGUCCUUGUACCUCAGCGGGCUGCUGGUCGUCGUGGUGCACCGCGCGACGGCCGACCCCGUGCGGGGCGACGACGGGUGGCUCGCCGAGAACCUCAACAGGGGGAAGCUGGACUGGUUCUACUUCCUCAUCGCCUUCAUCGGUGCCGUCAACUUCUUCGUGUUCCUCGCAUGCGCGAAAUGGUACAGGUACAAGGGACUGGAUGAUGGUGAACAAGAUGCAGACGGGGUCCAUCAAUGGCAGCCAAGAACAGUGGAAGUAGACGACUGUCCUGAGGAAGGAAGAGUAGUACGUAGACGUAGCUUCUGA